AUGAAAAAUAUUCAUUUCUUAAUCUAACUAAGGUUUAAUUGGGCUUGGCACAUACAUAGAGAGGAUUCUUUAGAACUUGGCUAUGUAUAAAAAUUAUUAAGCAAAUUAGCUAAACAGUGUGUUUGAAGAAUUCGAUCGAAGAAUUGAUUUAGCUAAAACCAAAAUAGGCCUCAAAUGUGUUUCCUAGGGCUAUAGAGAUUCGUUUCUCUAUUUAUAUAACUAAAAAGAUGAUAUCAGAAAUGAGGCAGAAACUAAAUAGCAGAUAUUGAAUUUUACGCUAGACAUUAAAUAAAAAGCCUGA